UCAAAGCGUCAAGGAGCUCAAUUCCCGGAAGCUGUGAGUUCUAAAAGAAGUUCCUGUACUCUAGUGUCCCGACUCUGCGAACCCCCAAUCAUGAGCGCUCCGGGAGUGCUCUCCUUUACCCAGCAAGGCUGGGAGCAGGUGCUGGCCAAAGUGAAAUGGGCUCUGGUCUAUCUGGACGCCGCCUGCGCGGAGAGCUUGCACUGGGGCUGCGGAUCCACGCGACUCCUGGAGGCCGUGGGAGGGCCUGCGUGUCACCUGCGGGAGUUCGAGCCCGCAGCUGUCGGUGGUGGAGCCGAGCAGCCUAAGGCAGUGUUUGUGCUGAGCUGCCUGCUGAAAGGCCGGACCGUGGAGACCCUGCGGGAUAUCAUCUGCCGCAGUCACUUCCAGUAUUGUGUGGUGGUCACAGCCGUGAACCACGCUGUCCACCUCACCGCUAAUCACGUGCCGGCGGCUGCCGCGGCAGAGCUGGAAGGGCAGCCGGUGUUCGAGCAACUGGAGGAGAAACUGUGUGAGUGGAUGGGCAAUAUGAACUACACCGCCGAGGUGCUGCACGUCCCGUUGUUGCUCGCACCUGUUGCUCCCCACCUUGCCUUGACUCCAGCCUUUGCUUCCCUUUUUCCACUGCUACCCCAGGAUGUGCAUCUCCUUAACAGUGCCCGACCAGACAAGAGGAGGCUAGGAAGCCUGAGUGAGGUGGAUGCCACCGCCCUGCCCCCUGAGCUGCUUCUGCAGAUCAGGUGCCUGGUGUCAGGCCUCAGUUCUCUGUGUGAGCAUUUAGGGGUGCGGGAGGAGUGUUUUGCUGUAGGUUCCCUCAGUCGGAUCAUCGCUGCAGAUCUGGCUAAUUAUGGCCCUGCCAAGAACAGGAGGAAGACUGCCACAGGCAGGGCAUCAGUGGUCUUUGUAGACAGAACUCUGGAUCUCACGGGAGCAGUUGGACAUCACGGAGACAACUUGGUAGAGAAGAUCAUUUCAGUGCUUCCCCAGCUUCCAGGCCACACCAACGAUGUGAUGGUUAACAUGGUGGAGCUUACGGCACUCCAGAAUGAGGAGAAAAAUCAGAGUAUGGUUGCACCAGGCUGUCUUGCACAAUCCAAUGACCCAGCUGCCAGAGCUCUGUGGGAAGCCUUACUGAGCACCAAGCACAAAGAGGCAGUGAUGGAAGUCCGGAGACAUCUAGUGGAAGCAGCAAGCAGAGAAAACCUGCCAAUCAAGAUGAGUAUGGGGAGAGCCACUCCGGGGCAGCUCAUGUCCUAUAUUCAGCUCUUCAAGAACAACGUCAAAGCUUUAGUGAAUCACUGUGGGCUCCUACAGCUUGGGCUGGCCACAGUUCAAACUCUGAAACAUCUGCAGACUGCCAAGUGGGACAACUUUCUGGCUUUUGAAAGACUCCUUCUCCAGAGCAUUGGGGAGUCAACAAUGUCUGUUGUGUUAAAUCAGCUGCUGCCCAUGAUUAAGCCUUUGGACGAGAGGACCAAUGAUGACUACAGCCCUGAAGAGCUGUUGAUCCUCCUGAUAUAUAUUUAUUCUAUCAGUGGAGAGUUCACAGUGGACAAAAACCUGGGGGAAGCUGAAGAAAAAGUGAAGAAAGCAUUGGCUCAGGUCUUUUGUAAAGAGUCUGAAUUGUCACCUUUGCUACAAAAAAUCACAGGCUGUGACUCUUCAAUUAAGCUGACAUUUCACAAAUGCAAAAUUACUACAGAUGAGCUCUUCGCCUCGCUUCGGGAUAUCGCUGGAGCUCGGAAUCUCAUGAAACAGUUUAAGUCUGUAUAUGUUCCUGGAAAUCAUACCCACCAGGCAUCCUAUAAGCCAUUGUUGAAGCAGGUUGUGGAAGAAAUAUUUAAUCCUGAGAGGCCAGAUCCAGUGGAUAUUGAACACAUGUCUUCAGGCCUCACUGAUCUCCUUAAAACUGGAUUCAGCAUGUUUAUGAAGGUGAGCCGGCCUCAUCCCAGCGACCACCCCCUCCUGAUCCUCUUCGUGGUGGGCGGGGUCACGGUCUCAGAAGCCAAGAUGAUCAAAGACCUUGUGCCGUCCCUGCAGCCAGGAACCCAGGUCAUCGUGCUGUCCACGCGACUCCUGAAGCCACUUAACAUUCCUGAGCUGUUAUUUGCCACUGACCGGCUGCAUCCAGACCUUGGCUUCUGAGCGGCUGCUAAGAGGAGACCUGCCCGAGGUGGAAACACCCAUCCUGUUGCCUGCCACCAUUCAAGAUAUGCCUCCAAACCCAGUGUCCUCUUGCUAAUUGUGGGGAGGACAGAAUUCUGCCCCAAAGGUCUUGAGCAAAGUGCGAAGAGCAAACCAUGUAGCAAAGUGCUUUGCUUGGACUGCCAGCGAGUCUUAAAAAAAAAAAAAAAAUUCAUUUUUCUAAAGGUGUCUUUCAGCUGGCUUCAUUCGACAUAAUUCCCAUUUCUCUGCUUGUGAUCUUCCUGAUUCCAACUGCAAGCUCCUGAAUUCUACAUAAACACCUGUUGGCAAGUGUUGGUAGCUUACAAGCUAUUUGAUCUGCAGUUGCUCAAGAAAUUAGACAUGCUUUAGUAUUAUGAGUGUGAAGAAAGUUUGAUUUUCCUUAAGAUUAUGUAACUGGGGAGGGUACAUUGCAAAUUGGAUCUGAGCGCUUGCUGAAAAGGCAAGGAACGGAGGGGUUAGCAGCUAGAGCCGUGCUAGUAGCCCACCGGCCACAUAACUUGGCUUGUCAUUACAAAGGGCGGCAUUGUCCCCGCGAGCCCACUGGGCAGGGUCCCCAGUCUACUUGCAACAGUAGUGGGACAGAGGUUGAUUGGAGGGCUGGCUCUGCCCAUAAAAGCUUUCCUCCCCUCCCAAAGGAAGGCCCCCAUAAAGGUUUCUGGUCCAGGGAGCCUAGAUGGGAACCCCAACCCCUGGGACUUUUAUGAAUUAGUGUUUCUAUUGAAAUAGAAAGCUCUCUUUUCAGUUUGUCUCACUUCUGGUCAUGGCAGAAAAACCCAGACCCAACUAGGGAAAUUAUUUAAGAACUCUGGCAAAAAUGAACUGCUUGGAACCCACACAUUUGUAGGUGUAUGGUUCAUGGAAAUUUCUAGCAUCUCUAAAAGAUGUGUGUAAUGAAGAGAGAAAGCUGAAAAACAGUUCUAGAGUGGAUUAAACAGGUGGGCGAAGUAAAAUGUAAAUCAAAA